AUGGCUUGGGCUGAACCUAGAGAUACUGGCAUGAUCUACCGCCGCCUCGGGCGCUCUGGACUCCAUGUGAGCGUCAUUGGCCUGGGUAGCUGGUUGACAUACGGCGGCUACUCUGAAGAUGAGCAGGCGUUUGCUUGCAUGAAGAAGGCGUAUGAUCUGGGAAUCAACUUCUUUGACUCGGCGGAGAACUACACUGCUGGUCAGGCUGAGGUUGUUAUGGGGAAGGCGAUUAAGCAUUUUGGCUGGAAGCGAAGUGAUCUUGUCAUUAGCACAAAGAUCAACUGGGGCGCUGUUAAUGGAGAGAUUCUUGUCAACAACCACGGUCUUUCAAGGAAGCACAUCAUUGAGGGUUUGGAAGCUUCGCUGGAGCGACUUCAGCUACCAUACGUGGACAUUGUCUACGCUCACAGACCAGACAGACUUACUCCCAUGGAGGAGACCGUCCGCGCCUUUAACUACUUGAUUGAUAACGGCAAGGCCUUUUACUGGGGUACUUCAGAAUGGUCCGCCGAUGAGAUUGCUGAAGCUGUUGGUAUUGCACGCGACCUCCGCAUGAUUGGACCAGUCGUAGAGCAGCCCUUUUACAACAUGCUAGUCAGAGACAGAGUAGAAGGCCAAUUCCAACGCCUCUACGAACGCGUCGGUCUAGGCAUCACCUCAUUCUCCCCACUCAAGAUGGGUGUCCUCAGCGGAAAGUACAACGACAUCGUCGACGGCCAACCACCAAAGGACUCGCGCUUCGGCGCCAGCAAGGACCGUUUCGCAGAUUUCAUGCGCGGCCAGAUCGGCAAUGACGACUGGAAGACCGAGAUUGAAAAGGUUCGCCAACUGAAGCCCAUCGCGGACAAGCUGGGUAUCAGCCAGGCUCAGCUUGCCAUCGCGUGGUGUUUGAAGAACCCCAAUGUUACGAGUGUUAUCACUGGGGCUAGUAAGCCUGAGCAGUUGGAGGAUACAGUUGCUUCGCUCAAGGUGUUGGAUAAGUUGACUCCUGAGAUUAUGGAAGAGAUUGAUGCUAUUACGGAUAACAAGGUCAAGCUGGAUCCUGCAAGGCAAGACUAG